AUGUCAGACAAAAAAAUGUCAUCAAGCCGCAAACACACUCUGAAGAACGUGAUGCUGCAGCUUGCGAGAGAGCUGUUGGAUCGGGAAGCGACUGACAGAGUGGAGGAGAAAAAGCAAUACAUGGAAGAGCGCUGUCCUCCGCUUGUCCUUCCAAACUCUCUAGAGGAGCUCCAGAACCUGUGCAGGGAGCUUCAUGAAAAAAUCGAGAUGGUCAAUGAGGAUAAAUAUGACUUGGAGCGGAAAAUAGAAAUGUUCUGCAAUGAGGUCAAGGAACUCAACUUUAAGGUGAUCGACCUGCAAGGCAAGUUCAAGAAGCCACCGCUGAAGAAGGUGCGCAUGUCCGCUGACGCCAUGCUCCAGGCUCUGCUGGGCUCCAAGCACAAGGUGUCCAUGGAUCUGAGAGCCAACCUGAAACAAGUGAAGAAGGAGACCAAGGAGGAGGAUAAAGAUGUUGGUGACUGGCGCAAGAACAUCGAGGACAAGGCCGGCAUGGGCGGCAGGAAGAAGAUUUUUGAGUCCGAGGCUUGAAUGGGUCACUGAAGCCCGUCUUGCUCAAGAUGCUCCUCAAUACUCCUUCACUCUUGGCUUUAAUAGACUUCAUUGUCUUUGUCGGUCAACCUUUCAGAACAUUGAGGUCAUCAGUAUGGCAAAUUGCUGUGAAAAACCAAACCAUGAGGGC